CUCGCCCUAUACCUACAGUCAGCAGAGAUCGAAACCGACAUAGUCCUGUUACACCUCAACAAUUGUCGUUGCUUUCUCAACCACCCCAAAAAUCUAAAGGGGGUUCAGUCGGGGAGACUCGUCCCGUUUCCGAUUAUUCAAAUUUUAGGGCAUUGUCCACAUUAGGAACGCUUACACAUCUUAAUGGACUGACCACUGGUGAAGGAGAAACCAUCAAGAGUCUCAGGCCUUUAAAACGAUUUAGGUCUAAAACAGAAAACAUAAUGUCUUCAACGUCUGCGCAAGACCUACUUUUAACGCCAUCUAUAGUUAGUGUUAGUGACAGUGAAGAGUCAGAAAGAUCUCGCCACCGUCGAACCCUGCUUGUAACUGUUGCAAAAAAUGACGAAAACGAGAAACAGCCGAAGAAUAACUUUCCUCACUCUUUUGAGUCGGUAUAAACUCUGAACAUUUUAUUUGUAUAAAGCUACAUAUUGCGCGCCAUCAUUUCUCAUUGUACAGGUUGGGUGUGUAGUGUCAUCUAUUGUAUACUUUGAAACAGAACUCGUGAAAUAUGACGUAAUAAGCUUGUUGAAUAGGGUGGUCCAAAAUUACCUUUUUAUUUUAAAAUUCAAUAAUUAGAUAACUAAGGAAAUACAACAAUGCAGUUUUCAACAUCUUGUAGCUCAACUCAAAUAAUUUUUAUUGUCAUGUUUUGUUCACUCUAGUGAGUAGUGUUAUCCUGUAAAAUGGCAAUCGUGCAAGAAAAGGCUCAAUGUAUCGUUUGGCUAGGAAAUACCAAGUCAGGGACUGUGGUGCAGCGUAAUUAGAGACGUCAGUACAGGAAAGAAGUAUGGGGGUAUGUUAAGGAUAUUGUGUAUCGCACACCAAUAGCAAACAUCACGGAACUAAAGACCAGGAUAACGGACGCCAUCGCCACGGUAACUGUGGACAUGUUGCAG